AUGCAGGUCAACUCGCUCUUGGAGCGUAUGCGGAAGGUGCGGCAGGAGAAGGCUGCUGCCGCCGCCGCCGCCACUGCCACGGCUCCGCCAGUAGUGACGAACACUACUACCACUGUCCCCACUGCCAACACGACGAGCAGAGACGCACCCACAUUGAACGCCGCUGACGCGGAUGCCACGGGUGGCGGUGGAGUCGCCGUUUCGUCGUCUUUGUCUACCGGUGUGGCGGUGCCGGCACCUCCGCCUGUGUUUGCCUCUCCGUCCUCAGCGCGGCUCGAAUACCGCGACAACGCGACGGAUCCGCUGUGUGUGCCAUUCACGUGCGACAUGGUCGUGUCGGUCCUCAACACGCUCCUCAACGACUACCAGCGCCACUCAACGCCAGGUGUUACCGCUGUUGCUCCAGGCGGCGUUAAUGGUAGUGUGGCACCCACGGCGAAGGGGGUGGUAGCCAGCACUGAAGCGACUGGAGGCGCCGCCCAUGACGUGCAUGCAUCCAGCAAGAUGUCUGGGGAGAGCUCCGGCGCCGGACGUCGAAACAGCGGCACGGAGAGCCAGCUUGUCGUGGAGAAGGCUGUCGCGCGUAUGCGAGAGGUCCUGGCGGCGCAAGGAUCCCCACAGAUGGCCCCCAAAGCGACAGGGGACAGUAAGUCAUCUGCCACCGCCAUUGGGACUGUCACUGCUGCGGGGCCGUCGAUUUCGUCUCUUUACUCAUCUAGCGCUUCCUUGCUUGCCGAUGCAGCGUACAAUGCUGCCUGCGCUGUGGCCCGCGUCGAUGUUUCCGGGGCAGUUCGGCCCAUUUGCCGGGAUGUGAACUACUACACUCGAGUCGGCCGAAUCUCGCAGGGCGUGUAUGGCGUCGUCUUCCGCGCUGUCACCACGGCAGACUACGAGCGGCAGCACCGACAGCAAUCGCGCCACCGCGUGACUCAACAGAGCUCAGCUUCCUCGUCAGCCGCUCCACCGCCAACGCAUGUGCAGGCAUAUGCUCUGAAGCACAUAAAGAAGAUGUGGCUAGAAGACUCGCAGGUGGGGCUUCCGCCCUACCUCAUGCGCGAAAUUGAUUUGCUACUCCGGUUGCAGCAUCCAAACAUAAUGGGCGCGCUAGAGCUCGUCUUGCUAGACCCGACGCCGGUCCCGCGUCGCCUGACAUCACCACCAAAAUCGCGCUCGACCUCCUUGUCAUCCUCGUUGUCACCGUCAUCAUCAUCGGAGUCGGAGUCGCCAUCAACCGAGCAGCCCGCAGAUGAGGCCACGGAGAGCGAUCGACCCCUUCGCCGUCCCCGCUCCACCGCGGAGGACACAACAGCGCCAAACCCAACGAAAAAGGCGAAGAGCGACAGCGCCGGCGAGCCACCAUUGCAGCGGGACGAGGGCCGCUCCGCUCCCCAAACUCAAACCACGGGUGCGAAAGGCACUGCUCAGGAUGCUGCCACCACACGCCCACUGGCUGCUGUCGGCGCUGCAAGCAAGGCGAAGGACGUCUUCCUUGUGAUGAACUACUGCCCUUACGACCUGGGGAGCUACAUGCGGCGGUACACCACCAUGGCGGAGCUUCGGGGCAGCGGCGACUGUAAGCUCCCUCACACGAGUACUCAGGUGCCGUUCUUUCACAUCACGCCACGCAACGCGCAUCCACAGGCGGCGGCGAGCUACGUGGCACGUGCCAAGUCCAUCGUAUACCAACUCUUGCGCGCCGUGGCGUUUCUGCACGACAGUCGUAUUCUCCACCGCGACCUGAAAAUGUCAAACGUGCUGCUCGCCGAGAACGGCUACGUGAAAGUGUGCGACUUCGGCCUUGGCCGCCUCUACCGCGAAGGCCAGGCGCUCACCCCCACCGUUGUGACGCUCAUGUAUCGCGCGCCGGAGCUGCACUUUGGUGUCGUGGACUACUCUCACAAGAUGGAUGUCUGGUCGGUCGGGUGCAUAUUUGCCGAGCUUUUCCUGCGCCGUCCUCUUUUCCACGCCUCGACCGACAGUCAACACCUGCUGGCCGUGUGCGAGGUGCUGGGCAUUCCGACGGAGGAGUCGUUCCCUGGGUUGUACCACCUUCCGCAGACGAAGGCAAUGAUGCAGUCGCUACCGCGUUGGAACCGCACCUCACGUCUGGCGAGCCUCUUCCAACGUGGCGCUAUCCUCCCCACUGUAGCGCACGGCAGUAUCCCUGUGGCAGCGGAGGGUGCGCUGCUGCCUGCAAGCGGGGUGGAUCUGCUCGCAUCGGUGUUGCAGUGGAACCCGCGCCGCCGCCCAUCUGCCGCCGAGGCUCUGCAGCACCGAUUUUUCACGGAGGAACCGCUGCCGUGUGCACCGGCAGAGCUAAUGCGACCGAUGCCGUGGCUGGAUGCUGCCGCUGCUGCGGUUCAUGUUAUGCCUUCCUCAGCACUUGUUUGCGAGGAUCGGGGUAAUCAGCCUGGCAUCCUGGUGUCGCAGGAUGCCCUUCCCCCGGCAACUCGGAUGGCGUCGAACUCAGCUGAGGGGCCGUCUUCUGCGAGUGUGCCCCCUGCUGUGCAGCACGUGAUGGACGUUCCUAGCGGAGCGGCGGUGGCCGUCGCAGCCAUUCAACUAGCGUCUGACACCACAGGUGGCGCAUCGUCUUUGGCGAGUGCCUCACCGGAUAUGUUCCCUGGAAGCAACGGUAACACCGUGCUGAGCAACACUGUUGGCGGCGGAUACCAGGAAGCCAUCGGUGUCCGUGACUACAGCGGCAGCGACGGGGACCUAGCACCAGAGGAAGAAGAGGAGCAGCGACUGAAGCUGCACACGCGCCGCAGCACGCGCGACCAGAUCGAGGACGAGGUCGACAACAGCGACAGUGAUGCGGGCACAGAGAGAUUGGAGCAACAGGUGCGGUUCCUCGCGAACCAAGACCGAGAUGAGUGA